AUGGCUCAUCAUACUGGGGUGAACAUCAUCAGAGAAGACACCUUUCCAGGGAUCAUUGAUAUACAUGGAAUUGGAGGAGGUCUUUUUGAGCCCAGAGCAAGCCUGCUGGCCAAUCAUGGCUUUGCCACACUAGCCCUGGCUUAUUAUCAGUUUGAGGAUCUGCCCCAGAAACCAAAGGAACUCCACCUGGAAUAUUUUGAAGAGGCAAUAAACUAUAUGCUGCAGCACCCACAGGUGAAGGGUCCAGGGGUUGGCCUGCUCGGUUUCUCCAAAGGGGGUGAAAUGUGCCUUGCCAUGGCUGCCUUCCUGAAGAACAUCAUGGCUGUUGCUUCCCUCAAUGCCCCUGUUGCUAUUACAUGUAUUCCUCUCUGUUACAAGGAUAAAAUCAUCCCCACUUUGACCUUAUAUGAACACAAAGCCAAGGCCACCAAUUCCAAAUGUCUUGACUAUUCUGAUGUCCUUGAUGAUCCCUUUCAAGCCCCUGGCAACCAAAGCCUGAUCCCACUAGAGAAAGCUGAGGCACAGUUCCUAUUUGUCCUGGGACAAGAUGACCAUGUUGUCAAAAGUGAGCAUUAUGCUACUGAAGUCUGCAAGCUUCUGCAGGCUCAAGGGAAGGAAAAUUUUCAGAUUCUCUCCUACCCUGGAACAGGGCAUUGCAUAGACCCUCCCUUUUUCCCUUUGUACCGCAUAGGAAGCCACCCUGUUUUUCACAAGCGGGCAGUCCUGGGUGGGGAGCUCAGGGCUUAUUCUAAAGCUCAGGUUCAUGCUUGGUCGCAGAUCCAGGCUUUUUUCAAAAAGUAUUUAAUUGUUAACUAAUGUGCAACAAAUAAUGUGCAAGCAAGGUCAAACCUUGCCACAGGUGUACCAGUACAACUACAGAAUUUUCCAUGACUUUGGACAUCCAUAACACAGAAA